GAUAGAAGUGUUACUACAGAGCUGCUGCUGCUGCUGCAGGAGGAGGAGAGGCGAGGAGGAGCUGGUGAUGAAGAUGCUGCUGCUGCUCCGCUCCUCUGCGUCCAGCAGCACCCGGGACUGACCGUGACCUCUUCAACGCCGCGGUCGUUGUUGAAGGAGGAAGGUUUUUAUUGUUGCAUCUUCCUGCUGCUCCUCAUUUCUCUGCAACUGGAAGCCACUGGGUUCCCCUCCUCCUCUUCCUCCUCUUCCUCACUUAUCCCCACUUUCUUUCUUCCAGAGGGAAUUCUCCAUUUUCACCAGGAAUUAUAAAAGAAAUGUCUCUCUGGGAAUGAUGGUGUUGCCACUGGAACCACCGUCUUUGUCGCCAUGACGAUGCCAUUCAGCCCCCUGUCCAGCGACGAGGAGCAACAAAGGAUGCUGGGAAACAGCAGACAUCUCUAUCCUGGGGCAGAAGACGAGGAGGAGGAGGAGGAAGAGGAAGAAGAAGAGAUGGAAGAGGACGAACGCGACGAGGACGGGGAGGAAGAGGAGAAUGGCGAGCUGGAAGGAGAGGAAGACGAUGAUGACGAGGAGAUGGUGGAGGAGGUCAGGCGAGGAGGCAUCCCUCGGAUCGGGAGAGGCGAGGGACACAGACAGUCGGGCAAACCGGCGGGACGACCCGGCGGGGAUCGACAGAUGAGGCCAGGAAACCCGGGACACGCCGCCAACCCGUACUCGGCCAAUCCCGGACCCACGCACCAAGCAGCAGCCAAUCAGCAGCAGAGGAGGCUGAAGGAGCGCACUGCCAACUCAGUGCCAUCUGAAGACACCCACAUCGCCAUGAUGGUGUUUCGCAUCGGCAUCCCAGACAUAAAGCAAACGAAAUGUCUGCGGUUCAACCCCGACGCCACUGUGUGGAAGGCCAAGCAGCAGGUGCUUUGCUCUCUGACCGAAUCGCUGCGAGACGUGCUGAACUACGGCCUCUUCCAGCCUGCCACAGACGGACACGACGCCAAGUUCCUGGAGGAGGAGAGGCCGCUCAGAGAGUACCCACAAUCCUUUGAGAAAGGGGUGCCAUAUUUGGAGUUCCGCUAUAAAACCAGGGUUUACAAACAGACCAAUCUGGAUGAGAAGCAACUGGCCAAGCUGCACACCAAGGCGAGUCUGAAGAAAUUCAUGGAUUACAUCCAAACCAGCGCUGUGGACAAGAUGGCCAAGUUCAUAGACAAGGGCCUGGAUCCAAACUACCAGGAUCCUGACACUGGUGAGACUCCUCUGUCGCUGGCAGUGCAGUGCGAGCCAGGUGGAGGAGAGGCCAUCCGGGUCCUGGUGGACGGAGGCGCUCACAUCGACUUCCGUGCCAAAGACGGACUCACGCCGCUUCACAAGGCUGUUCGAGGCCACCGCCAUACAGCCCUGCUGGUCCUGCUCUCUCUGGGUGCAUCUCCAGACUACAAGGACCGGCGGGGGCUGACCCCGCUCUACCACACUGUGCUAACAGGGGGCGACACCUCCUGCUGUGAAACGCUGCUGUACCACCGCGCCAAGCUGGGCAUCAGGGACGAAAACGGCUGGGACGAGACGCAUCAGGCCUGCCAAAACGGGAACUCGCAGCAUCUGGAGCACCUGCUCUUCUACGGGGCGGAUUCCUCCUCCCAGAACGCUUCUGGAAACACUGCCUUGCACAUCUGUGCUUUAUACAACAAGGAAAGCUGUGCACGAAUCCUGCUGUACCGUGGAGCCAGUAAAGACAUGAAGAACAACAGCGGCCAGACUCCGUUCCAGGUGGCUGUUGUGUCCGGGCAUUUUGAAUUGGGGGAGAUUAUAAAAAACCACCGGGAUACAGACGUGGUUCCCUUUGUGGAGUCUCCAAAGUACGCCCCCCAGAGGAGAGAGAGCACCCGGACGCUGGCUGUGCCCCACCCCCACCCGUUUCUGCGGGCCAACAGCGACAGCAGCAUGAAUCUGCCGGACUGGAUGGCUGUUCCCAACGCGCCGAGCACCAACAUCGUUUCUGUGCAGGGGUAUAAACACACAGGAACCCUGCGGAGCUCCAGCAGCCCCAGAGGAGCGAGGACGCGGUCCCCGUCCCGCGGACGGAUCGGAGACAAGGAGGACCGGAGCCGGCAGAGCCAGAGACGGGGGCCUCCCCCAACCUCCACCACCACCAUACAAACCGCAGGCCAGCGCAGACGCCUCUACAGCGCCGUCCCAGGACGAGUCUUUGUAGCAACGCGGUCCCACUCCGCUCAGGGCGAGCGCGAGAUAAGCUUCAGUAAAGGAGACAGGGUCAAAGUGUUGAGUGUCGGCGAGGGCGGCUACUGGGAGGGGACAGUCAGAGGUCGCACGGGAUGGUUCCCCUCCGACUGUGUGGAGGAAGUGGUGCUUCGAAGUCAGGACAACCGAUCAGAGAGUCGUGGAGAACGAGCCAAAAGGUUGUUCCGCCAUUACACUGUGGGAUCAUAUGACAGCUUUGAUGCUCCAAGCGACUACAUAAUCAAGGAGAAGACGGUGCUUCUGCAGAAAAAAGACAGCGAGGGAUUCGGCUUUGUGCUGCGAGGGGCCAAAGCUCAAACUCCCAUUGAAGAGUUUACUCCCACUCCGGCCUUCCCGGCCCUGCAGUAUUUGGAAUCGGUGGACGAGGGCGGCGUGGCGUGGAGAGCCGGUCUCAGGAUGGGGGACUUCCUCAUCGAGGUCAACGGUCAGAACGUCGUGAAGGUCGGCCACCGGCAGGUCGUCAACAUGAUCCGGCAGGGUGGCAACAGCCUCAUGGUGAAGGUUGUCAUGGUAACCCGCAACCCCGACAUGGAGGAAGGCGCGCGGAAGAAAAUCCCUCAGCAGAGCAAGAGGCUGAGCACUCCAGCCAUCGCCCUGCGCUCCAAAUCAAUGACUUCAGAGCUGGAGGAGAUGGUGGAGAGAGCUGCUACCCCUUGGAAAAAAAAAUCAGAGUUCGAAUCCUCACAAGUUUCAGAGAAGAAGAGGACAGUCUAUCAGAUGGCUUUGAAUAAACUCGAUGAAAUUCUUGCAGCGGCUCAGCAGACAAUCAGCACCAACGAGGCGUCCGGGACAAGGGGACACGGGCCGAAGAGGGACCGGGGAAGAAGUUUCUAUGGCAACGAGCCGAGCUACGCGGACCAGCCUGGGAUGGGGAUGAUGUCGGGUCUGGGACUGGGCUACGAGCGAGGCCAGUACGGCCCGGGUCACGGCCCUCCGCACGGUAUUAUGCGGCAGAAAUCCAUCGGUGUGCCUGAGGAGGAGAAGCAGUUCCUGCAUCCUCCUGCGAUGAAGUUUGCCCGGAGUCUGUCGGUGCCUGGUCCGGACGAUAUCCCUCCUCCUCCCACAACGGCUCCACCGGAGCCCCCGUUCUCCUCCGCUCCACCACUUGGUUGGAGAACAAAGUUGUCCCAGCAGCCCUCUGUCUCCGUGUCCCAGUCAACAUCCAGCUCUGCGCACUACCAGCCCUUCUCCCAGCCGGGGCACCUGAGCCAGGGCGGCAGGGAGAGGGCAGGUGGGCCCACUGCUGGCCCAGCAGCAGACCACACGACACCGUACGUUCACGCAUCUGCCCAUACAGCUCAGAGCAGGACUGCGUCGCGAAAGGUUGCCUAUACUGGGGAGCCUGUUGGAGCUGGGAUUGGGGCUGGCGCAGGCGCUAAACCAGCAGGCCUGAGGAGAGGCUACAGCACAGCCGUACCCCCGUCCAGCAUUGCUACUGUAAUGCCCCAGCAACAACAGACUACCCAGAGUCAACCCCAGCGGGCAGACCGGAGCACAGCUGGAGCAGGUGGCCCUAAAGGAGGGGCCAGGAGAGGCAAGGGCCCUCUGGUGAAGCAAUCCAAGAUAGAGGAGCUGCGUCUAGGCCAGGGAAGCUUAGGGAGCAAAGACUCGGUGGAGAAAAGCUCCAUUCCUAUCCCCACCAUCAUUGUCAAGGCUCCCUCAACCAGCAGCAGUGGACGGAGCAGCCAGGGCAGCAGCGUGGAGGCUGAUGUCCCCGCGUCAGGGGAGACGGGUGACACAAAAACGCCUCACGGCCCUCCUCCGUCCACUCCUGCUCCACAGCCACCUGCUCCACCCUCCAUUCCUGCACCACCACCUCCAUCUUUGCCUUCUAUUCGAGCCCAGGAUAAUCUGGACUUUACUAGCCAGUUCGGGGCCGCCAUUGUUGGCGCGGCUCGCCGAGACAGGGAGAGAUUCCUCGAAGCCCGACGAAAGAGUGCCUCCUUGUUCAUGUCUGCUGAGGAGGAUCUGAGUCUUGGGAUGAGCGAAGCGCUAGGAGGAGUAUCAAGAACUCAGGUGUCUCAGCAGCAGUUAAACACUCAGCCUGAAAGCUCGUCAACACGAUUGCGCCCUUCCAAGUCAAUUGAUGAGGGCAUGUUUUCUGCAGACACCUUUAUCCAACACACCCGGAGUAUGCCUCCAGCCUUCGGCCUACCGGAGUACUCCUCUACGGCCCUGGACUAUCAGCCCAAAUCUGUGCCUGCUGAUCUGUACACAGCAGCAGGUCGACAGCCAGCGCCCUCCGCCAACACCACUUUUAUUCAUCCUCUUACUGGGAAGGCGCUUGACCCCACAUCACCUCUGGGCCUCGCCCUGGCUGCCAGGGAGCGUGCUCUGAGGGAUGACAGCAGGAUAAGGAGGGGAACGGAGCACCUCUUCACCCGCCAGAUGUCGAGCGUCGUGUUCCCUUCGUCUGCUGUCACCUCUCAGCCGGUUUCGUCCCACACGACACAGUCUUCAAGCUCUUACCUGGUGACCUCCUCUUCUCUGGCAGCUACCACACCCACAGUCGGUCGCCCACCCUCGCCCAGAAUCCUCCGAGGAGUAGGGAGUACUUGGGGGGAAGAAGGUGGGGAGCGGGAGCGUGAUGGGGGAGGCACUCGCGAGGGUCUUAGAGUGCGGUUCUCGGAGGACAAAACUGUCCACACACACCACUAUCAGUCUCAGCCAUAUCAGCCGUCUUACAAAGAGCGGGAGAGGUCGCGGGAACGGGAGAGAGACCACUCGAGGGAGAGGGACAUGAGGAGGGCAGAGCAGGCAGCUGAGAGUGUGGCCCCUCAACCUCGAAGACCCUCUUUUCUCAGGAUGGAAAGUCAAGCCGAUGCCUAUAUGCUGUCUCUCACCCCUCCCUCUCCUCCACCAAACAUUAUCCAGCAGGCUUCUGGAAGCACAGGGAGUGGUAUGAUGGUCCUUCCUCCUCCUGCCCCUUCAGUUGACGCGGACGAUGAAUUUGUUUAUGCAGACCCCCUUCCUCCUCCGUUAGAGUUUGCAAACAGCUUCGACAGAGCGGGAUUGGGAUACUCGCAACACGCAAUGCUUUCCAACAGCCUGAUCCAUCGACAACAGCAAGUCCCUCCCCCACCGCCUCCUCCACCGCCUCCACCGCCCCCACCACCUCCUCCCCCUCCUCAGAAAGAGCAUUAUAUAAGUAGCUUUCCUGCCCAUACACCUCUGCCCUCUCCCCAGGCAGGUGACUCCACUGCAUCCAGCCUCACGUCGUAUGACAGCGAAGUGGCAAAUCUGACUCAGUCUGCUCCUUCCCCUUCACAGACAUCACCAAAUCCUCCACCCCCUUCCUCACCCUCAACCCUUCAGCCAGCCAUGGGUCUUCCUCCUCCCCCUGCAGUCUCACCCCCACCUCCCCCUGGAGCCGGUUUCUACCACAGACCCUUUUCAAUGUCUCACCACCUUUACAACAGCACUCAUGCAUCCGGGCGAUCCUCACCAACACUUUCCCAACAUGCAGUCGCACCACCUCCAGCUUACCGAGGUCCCCCAGCUCCAUCCUCCACUGCUGCCACGUCCGUCCCACAUAGGGGCACCGCCUCCCACGCAACGACCGCUAGCUGUGCUGCUACAACCACCACUGCUGCCACAACAAGCGCCUCCACUCAGCUCCAUCAAGAGCGAACACACCCUGCUCAUUCGACAUACUCCACUACCAUCACAGGACGGACAGGCGAGCACCAUCGUCCUCAUCCCACUGCCAAAAAAGGAGAGUCCCAGGAAACGGUUGUGGACUCUGGGAUUGAGGAACUGGAUAGCCGAAGUAGCAGCGACCAUCACCUGGACAGUAUUUUGGGCCUAAGUGGGGCUGGUGUCCGAGGAGACAGACUGGAUCGGGGAGAGAGACUCGGAGCUGGAGGUCCAAGGCGAAUGGGAGGAGGUGCGGGAGAAACAGAACGAGGAGGAGCGGACUUUCUAGAGUCAUACAUGAGCUACCUGGAUGGGCAAACCUUUGAGAUGCAGAAUGCGACGGUGGCAGCAUCCACCUACCCAAAAACCAGCAGGUUUAGAGAAGGUAGCCGCGCUGGUGACUCGCAUCGACAGACCAGCACCGCCCCUGCAGCCUACCACUCCCACAGGCAAAGAGAUGGGCAGGUAGAGGAUGACAUAGAGGAAGGACUUGGAGAUGAUGAGAGUGGUCAAGACGGGUACGGGAUGAGAGAUAUGCAGAAUUUGGGCCGUCCCACGUCACCGUACUUUGAUAGGCCACGCACUCCUGAGAUGAGACCCCUAUGGGGCGACAGCCAGAUGAGCGGCGAUAUGGGAAGCCAGUCGGGGUCACUUUUAGAGGGGAAGAAGAUUUACCCCCCUGCAUCCAGUAUGAAGCCAAGCAUUAUCACUGAGCUGAGCAGCAAAUUGCAGCAAAGAAGUAAAGACAGCUGGAGCAGCCACAGACCACUGAGCAGACACAGAUUUUCUGAAGACUCCGCCUCCGCUCUGAGCCCGCCCUCAGUCCGCUCCCAGUCUCUGUCUCCAAUCUCUUUAUCGCAGCCGUCCUUAUCGCCGUCCCCAACCCCGGCUUCCCAAUACCCAAACUGGGGACGUUCCCCAUCUCCUCAGCCUCCAGCCACAUCUCAACCUCCGCGCUCACAUUCUCCCUUGUCCCCGACGUCGUACUCCCCUUACCCUACGUCUCCCAAGCACAGACCCGUGUACCGGACCAAAGCUCUGGAAUUCCAGUUCAUCCCCAGUCGAGAGUCUCGCAAAGCAGAAUCACACAUACUCCAGCGCCGACGAGCUCCGAGUCCGCUCAUCUCCCAAUCAGAGAGGCCCAAAGUGGCCCCGCCCCGCCCGUCGUCACUUCCCCUUCUCCCCACUUCACCCCUGUACAGUGCCAUCUAUGACCUCCGCGGUUCAAUCACCCCACCGUCACCUGGGAAUCCUCUUGGAGACCCUUACUUCUCACCCUCUCCUCCCCUUUUUGCCCCCUCUGGAGCUCCUCCACCUCCAAACUCCACCUUAGUAGUGUCACGAUCCCUUUCUCCAACUCAUUUUCUGUCCGGGACGUCAUCUCCACCCCUGCACCCCCACCCGCCGCCUACCUGCCUGAGUUACCCCCACUUACCGCCGCCUUCCCCCACAAAGCCUUUCGCUUCCAAGCCGCUGCCCUACUGGACCAAGUAUGAUGUUGCAGACUGGCUGGCGUACCUCAACCUUGGCGAGCAUAGAGAACGGUUUCUUGAUAACGAGAUAGAUGGCACCCAUUUACCCUCUUUGACCAAGGAAGACUAUCUGGAUCUGGGGGUGACAAGAGUAGGACACAGAAUGAACAUAGAGCGAGCCCUAAGGAGUGUAAUGGACAGGUUGUCCAGCAGCCCGUUUCCCAUUUCUGUCCUCUCUCCUCGGGAAGGGCAGCCUGAGAGGAGGAGGGACGACGGGAGUCGGAGCUGAGGCCGCAAAGGAGGAGCAGGGAGUGGUUGAAGUCCAUGUCGGAGGAUUCACACAGAUUUCACACGGAAAGAAAGGAGAGGAUGAAGAGCUGAUGACCUGUAAACACGCCGGCUGGUGCUCCUUGAUUUACAUCCAUCCAAACACAACCACAGCAACACAAUCUAACUAAACCUCAUCUCAGUGAACAUAAGAGGGUCUUUAUGGCAGCAAAUUUCAGAUUUAUUAACUAGAACAAUCGCAAAGCAGAGGGCGCAUUCGGUUGUUUUUGUUCAGGUUGAAAGGUGAGAGGAUUCAGAUUUUAGCUUCCUAUGUGACGUUUGAGGAACAUGUCUGCGUGUCAGAAAGUAGGAAGGUGUUUUUUAAAGAGCGAGGCUUUAUUUCACCGUAGAGUCAUGGUAAAAAUUAAAUUUUUAUUUUAAAUGUCAGGGUAUAAAAUAAGUGAUCUGGUCUUUACCAAGUUAAAAUCUGCAGUUUUCUAGUCGGUUAUUAACAAAACGUCCACUGCUCUAUUAGCACAAAACUUCCAAACAGAUGUAGGUACUUUCUACGUUUUAAAAUAUCGCUGAAUGUUUUAACUUGAAACAAUCUGCAAAAUCAAAGCAAAAAUAAAUCUUGUUUAUGAAUUUAAAAAUCAUCUGUCUUUAUGCAUUUAAUGGCUUUAUUGUUAAUAGGGGUGGAAAUCUUUUACUUUCUCAUCAAUCGAUUCAAAAUGAUUAUUUGUAAGGAUUUCAUUUUUAAUCUGUAAAGACUGGAUAUACUCCAGGCUACUUUGCAAAGCAGAAUGACAGAU